CUCCAAAGGUAGCGGAGCCGCAAGUCUGCAACGUCUCUUUUCUGCUAAAAAGAAAAAAAAUCAAUACGUGUAAGAAAUCGAAAUUUUAAGAUGGUACAAGAACGACAGACUGUGAGGAAACCGAGAUUUCUAUGCCUACAUGGAUUUAGAACAAGCGGAGAAAUUCUUAAGAAACAGGUCUCUAAGUGGCCUGAAUCAGUUCUUCAAAAGAUCGAUCUUGUUUUUCCAGACGCACCUUAUCCAGCUCAAGGAAAAUCCGACGUGGAAGGGAUUUUCGAUCCUCCUUAUUACGAGUGGUUCCAAUUCAACAAGGAAUUUACAGAAUACACCAAUUUUGACGAAUGUCUUGCUUACAUAGAGGAUUUCAUGAUUAAUCAUGGACCUUUUGAUGGUCUCUUGGGUUUCUCUCAGGGAGCAAUACUAUCGGCGGGGCUUGCGGGGCUGCAAGCUAAGGGCGUGGCUUUAAAGAAUGUACCCAAAAUAAAGUUCCUGAUAAUAAUUGGCGGAGCUAAGUUCAAGUCACCAUCCGUGGCCGAAAAAGCAUAUGCCUCUCCAAUUCAAUGUGCCUCUAUUCACUUUUUAGGAGAGACGGACUUUUUGAAGCCGCAUGGUUUAGAGCUCUUGGAAUCGUUUGUAGAACCUGUUGUGAUUCACCAUCCAAAGGGCCAUACCAUACCCAGACUUGAUGAAACAAGUCAAGAAACUAUGCUGAGCUUCAUUAAGAAGAUUGAAAAUACGUUGCCCCAUUCAGAUGCUACUGAUUUGAUUAGCCUGAUCAAGUGAUCGGAAAUACAUGUAAUCAAAAUAACUUUGUCAGUAGCACAAAGAAAAUUAUAUCAUUUUGUGUUCUAGUUGGAUUUACUAGGACAAACCUGUAACAUUUUAUCAUAUAAUAUUAUUUUACUUAGUAACUGAGUACAAUUUUUUCCA